AUGUCGACGCUAUUCUAUCAGCGCAUGGGAUCAAAAAUACGCGUUCAAUUCUAAACAUCCGGGCCGCGAGGCGCCUGUGAUCGGGCUCCAGCAAAAGCCACUAUCCAUCUGUCCGUAAUGUACCGACCCAUAACGGCCGAGACUGAGUCCGAGUCCGGGGUCACCAACGCCCAGUUGAGUAGAGGCGACUUUCGCGCUCCCGCCGGGAUUGGGCUCCAUGGCUCCAUGUGGCAAGGGAGGGAGGAGGAGGGGACAAGGCAGGGAUAUUCGUGCUGCGAUGGUUGCCGCAGCCGAUGGGGUUAG